AUGCACAAACAACAAUUUGCACAAUGGUUCAACAAGAAGAUCAUGAUGACGUAUAAGGAGAAUCCUAAAAGUGUGAGUCUUACUCUAUUAUCUCUAGCUCGUGGACCAGAUAAAAGAGUCAACUUCCAUUCAGGAUAUUAUAUUAAUGGGUUUCGAUUUCACUUUAAAACUCGUGAGAAGAAUAGACGUACUCAAAAUAGCGGUGUGAUGGUCAGAGGGGAGAAUGAUGGCUCCAUUUCUUACUAUGGGACUCUCAUUAAAGUCAUUGAACUCCGAUACACAGAAGGCCUUCGAGUUGUACUUUUUCAGUGUGAUUGGUAUGACAUAACUCGGGAAGGCAUUGGCUACAAGAAGGAUCAUCAUGGUAUUACUACCAUCAAUAAGGCAAGACUAUUGAAUACUCAAGAACCAUUUGUCUUAGCUAGUCAGUGUAUACAAGUUUAUUAUGUGCCUUGUAUCAAAGAUCCUAAUUGCGCAACCGUUAUUGAAACAAAGCCUAGAAAUUUGUUUCAGAUGCCAGAAGAUGAUGAUGGUGAUGAUAGUGAUGAAGCAUAUCACGAAGAGAUUAUUUCAUCAAGUACUACUCAAGGGAUUGAAAAUGCUGAAGAUGAUGAACUGAAUUGGAGCAGAGAGGGGCUUGAAGACUUGUAG